AUGCAUCCGCACUUGCACACCAAAGACAACAAGAACUGCGAGGAGGUCAUGAACGCCCUCGAAGAAUGCCAUGCGCGCGGGUUCCUCUGGAAGUCAAUGGGCAUGUGCACCAAGGCAAAGCACCAAGUCAACAUGUGUCUGCGCGCCGAACGCCUCGAACGCACUCGUCAAAACCGCGAAGUGGCCAAGGAGAAGCGAGCGAAGAUCGAAUCUGUAUGGGCUGAAAUCGACGCCAACUCAUAA